CCGCCCCCCCUCCCGAACGGCCCCGUCCCCCGCGGCUGGGGCUUUCCAGGCCGAGCCCGACCCCCGGACCCCGAACAGGCAGAUCGGAAGCGGCGCCGAGAAAAAUUUCCUUACUAGAUGACAUUUCAUCGCAAUGUCCGAUCGUUUGGGGCAACUAACCAAGGGAAAGGAUGGGAAAAGCAAGUACUCGACUCUCAGCCUGUUUGAUAAGUAUAAAGGAAAGUCAGUAGAAGCUAUCAGAACCACAGUUAUUCCUAGACAUGGCUUACAGAGUCUCGGGAAAGUUGCCACUGCUCGGCGUAUGCCACCUCCUGCAAACCUGCCAAGUUUGAAGUCUGAGAACAAAGGAAACGACCCCAACAUCAUUAUAGUACCUAAGGACGGUACAGGAUGGGCAAACAAGCAGGAUCAGCCAGACCAAAAGAGUUCCAGUGUGACGGCCGUACAGCCGCAGGAGUCGCUGCCGCAGCCGGGUUUGCAGAAAUCUGUCUCCAAUUUACAGAAGCCGACACAGUCAAUCAGCCAGGAGAAUACAAAUUCAGUGCCAGGUGGACUAAAGUCAUGGGCACAGCUGAAUGGAAAGCCAGCAGGACACGAAGGUGGUUCAAGGGGCUCAAGCCGACUCUUAUCCUUCUCUCCCGAGGAAUUUCCGACGCUGAAAGCAGCUGGCGAGCAGGACAAGGUUGGCAAAGAAAAGGGCGUCUUAGAUCCGUCGUAUGGGCCCGGACCAAGCCUCCGCCCCCAAAAUGUGACGAGCUGGAGGGAGGGCGGUGGGCGGAACAUAACCUCUGCCUCGUCUCUGACCGCCUCCCCAACUGAGCCGGGCAGCAAGAAUUCAAGUACAGGAGACGGAGCCCCCUCCUCGGCAUGUACCAGCGAUUCUAAGGAGCCUUCUCUCCGCCCGGCUCAGCCUACCCGAAAAGGGGCUUCACAAUUCAUGGGAAAUGUAUACCACCCACCUACAUACCAUGACAUGCUUCCUGCUUUUAUGUGUACUCAGCAGUCAUCAGAGGCCCAAGGAACAGUGGAACGAGGGUCUUUCCCCCUCCCUCAACUUCGCCUGGAACCCCGAGUUCCUUUUAGACAGUACCAGAUGAAUGACCAAGAUGGGAAAGAGACCAGAAUGGGAGUGUCCCGCCCAACUCGCCCAGUUAGACCGCAAGGAGAGCGGGUGCCACGCCCCACCAUUAUCAAUGCUGAAAACCUGAGAGGACUGGACGAACUUGACACUGACGCGGAUGACGGCUGGGCAGGACUUCAUGAGGAAGUGGAUUACUCUGAGAAACUGAAAUUCAGCGAAGAUGAGGAGGAAGAGGAAGCUCUUAAGGAUGGAAGACAGAAGUGGAAUAACUGGGAUCCUAGAAGACAGCGGCAGCUCUCCCUGAGCUCUGCAGACAGUGCUGAUGUCAAGCAUCCUGUGGAGGAAAACAAGAACUGGGGCGACCCCGCGGGCCUGUCCCGGGCCAUCCGCAAGGUGCCCGAGCCCCAGCCACCAUCCAGGAAGCCGAACAGCUGGACACCAGCUCCUGAUUAUCAGAAGCCCUGUCUGGGGGGUGUCCUCCGGCAACAGUCUCUGGAGGAAAGAGAAGAGAAGCCUCCUCCGCGGCAGAAGUUCAUCCAGUCGGAGAUCUCUGAGGCUGUGGAACGGGCGCGGAGGCGGAGGGAAGAGGAGGAACGGCGGGCCCGGGAAGAGCGGCUGGCUGCCUGUGCCGCUAAGCUCAAGCAAUUGGAUCAGAAGUGCAAGCAAGCGCAGAAGGCCAGCGAGGCGCAGAAGCAAGUGGAGAACGAAGAGUCCCACUCCCCUAGUACCGAGAAACCCCUGGUGCAGGAGAACGGCCACCCUCUGCGCAGAGCGACACCGGAGCUUCAUACCCAGGAGCCCCCGGCUGCUUAUCCAGAAGAGGACCCAGUGGUUCCUCCAGCUGUGGCCCAGAGCAGCAGCGACGAAGAACUCAGAGAGUCCACCUCUCCAGCCCAAGAGUUCAGCAAGUUCCAGAAGUCACUUCCCCCAAGAUUUCAGCGCCAGCAGCAACAGGAGCAGCUGUAUAAAAUGCAGCAUUGGCAGCAGCAACAGGUGUACCCCCCACCUUCCCACUCCCACCCUCAGCGCACGUUUUACCCAGCCCAUCCUCAGAUGCUGGGGUUUGACCCCCGUUGGAUGAUGAUGCCCUCCUACAUGGAUCCUCGCAUGACUCCAGCUCGAACCCCCGUCGACUUCUACCCCUCCGCCCUCCACCCUUCAGGAAUAAUGAAGCCGAUAAUGGCGCAAGAUUCCCUAAACGGACCCGGCUGUCGCUCUGAGGAGCAGAACUGUCCGUCCUCUCUCCAGCAAGAAAGGAAAGUUGCUCCCAUUGAUCCAGCCCCUGUGUGGAGCCAGGAUGGCUACGCGGCAAUGCAGAGCAAGGGGUACUCGCUCCCACACCCAAAACAGAAUGGGAGUUUGACAGUGGAGGGAGUUCGUGGCAGGAAUGAAAGCUCUUACUCUGCCUCAGCUGGAAGGUCAGGGGGCAUAAGUGCCCAGCGCGAUCUCUUUGAGGAGAGAGGGGAUGAGUACUUAAAUGCUUUUGACAAGAAGGCCCCUGCAGACUUUGACAGCUGUGUACCCUCUCAAAGAAUAGGCCAGGAGCUUUUGUUUCCACCCCAGGAAAACGUACAGGAGGCAGGUGGCCCCGGGGGCCAGCAUUCAAGCCUCAGGUGCUCCCCGUUGGAGUCUGACUUGGUCCCAGCUGAUAAAAAAUCAGAGUACAGUGGUUGGGAUGUCGGACAGACCCCAAAACCCUCAGACCCAGCCACGACUGUGAGAGAAGAGGCUCCCGGGGAUGAGCAGCCCUAUGACCCUGACUCCUUGAAGAAAGACGGAGGGGGCAACAAGCAGCCCGCCCCAGAGUCAGAGUGGACCCCCGAAAACCGAACCACCAGCAACCCACCUCAGGAGCAAAUGGGGAGGUCCCGGAGAUCGGGGCCCAUUAAAAAGCCGGUCCUGAAGGCCCUCAAGGUAGAAGAGAAAGAGAAGGAGCUCGAGAAGAUUAAACUGGAAAGUGGGGAGGAAAGUGCCCGUCCCCCGAAAGAGAAGGGGUCUCCGUACAAGGCGGAGAACGAAGAGGGCGACGGCGAAGACCCCGUGUCGGCCAGUUCCACGCGCUCCCUCCUGGAUGAGAAGGGUCCCUCCCAAGCCAGUUUUGUCCGGGAGGCCGAGAAGUUUGACGAGGAAGAGAAGGCCGAGAGAGUCUGGGAGACCAAGCCCUCGAAGGAUUCCAGCGACCUCCCUCCGACCAAGAGGAAUAACUGGAUAUUCAUCGAUGAGGAGCAAGCCUUUGGGAGGGGUCAGAACAGAGGUCGAGGCCGAGGCUUCAGAGAGUUCACUUUCCGUGGCCGUGGGACCGUCGGGAGCAGUGGCAUCGGGGGCACCAGGGGGGUCUACAUCAGCCAAAGAAGUAACCGCGGGAGGGGUCUCCGGGAUUUCAACCAGAUAGACGACUUCCCCCGGGGCAAGCCCAGGCGCCGCAUUGCCAGCGAGACCCACAGCGAAGGGUCCGAAUACGAAGAGCUCCCCAAGCGGCGCCGGCAGAGGGGCUUGGAGACUGGAAAUGAGGGCUCGCUGUUGGAGCGCGAGGAGAGUGACCUGAAGAAAGGGGACUUCAAAGAUUCCUGGAGAUCCAACAAAAUCUACUCGGAUGACCACAGCAGCCUGGAUGCCAAGAACAGGGGCCCCCGAGCUUUCGGGCGGGCGCUCCCCCCAAGGCUGAGCAACUCCGGGUAUGGGCGGAGAAGCUUUGUGACCAAGGAGUCGCCCCACUGGCAGGGCAGGAGCGGGGGAUCCCCCUGGCAGGAUUAUGGCAGCGGCAUUCCCUCCGAUUCGUUUGGGGUCAGGCGAGCAGCCGACCGAGAUUACAGCCAAGAUUCCUACAAACAUUCCGACUCGUUCAUUGGGAGGGGUUUUGAGGAAAGCCACUUGGAUGACAAGAGGUCCUUCUUCCAGGAUGACUACGCGGCCGAUCCAGAAAACAUCGAGAACCGGCCAUUUCGGCGACGGCGGCCCCCCCGCCAGGACAAGCCCCCCCGGUUUAGGCGCCUGCGGCAAGAGCGAGAAUCCUUGGGCCAGUGGGGCAGCGAGGAAGGGCCAAACUCGCUGUCUGGCCAGUGGCCCGGGAGACCCAAGCUGGCCCCCGGGGAGAAAAGCAGCGCAACUGGCAGGAGAUCCCCCGAGUUAUCGUAUCAGAACUCUUCAGACCAUGCCAAUGAGGAAUGGGAGACAGCCUCCGAGAGCAGCGACUUCAGCGAGAGGAGGGAGAGGCGCGAAGGCGGGGCAGCCGAAGGCGACACCCAGCUGGACGGUGGCUUGGCCGGAGCCAACUUGGGCGAAAAGAGGGAGUUGGCCAAGAGGAGCUUCUCCAGCCAAAGACCCUUAGUGGAAAGGCAGAGCCGCAAGACGGAGCCCGGAGGGUUUGGGGAGAAGUCCGUAAGGACAGGCGGAGGCGGAGCUGCUACCCGCUAUGAGAGCCAGCAGAACGGGACGCCUUUGAAAACCAAAAGGUCUCCCGAAGAAACUCUGCCUGGAAGCCUCAGCGGCACCAAUGGUGGGAGCGGCCAUCCUUCGUACAGCCUGGAGCGGGCUGCUCAUGCCACUCCCUCCGAUACUGCCGAAGCCGCGGGGAAGAAGCCGGAGAAAGAGCCCCAAGUGGCUGUCCAAAGAGCGGGCGAGAAGGGAGAGGCGAUGCCACAGUUUGACCUGAGUUACGGAAAUGCCAUCAUUGACAAUCGAGUGUCGAGCCCUGGGGAGGAGAGCGAGGUGGGCCCCAUUGUGGGCGAAGGCUUCAUCGAAGUCCUGACCAAAAAGCAACGCCGCCUUUUGGAAGAGGAGCGAAGAAAGAAAGAGCAAGCAGUCCAGGUUCCUGCCAAAGGCCGAGGCCUUUCCUCGCGUAUUCCUCCUCGGUUUGCCAAGAAGCAGGGCACCAUGUGCUUGGAGCAAGGAGAUGUUAUGGUUUCUGGCAGCAGCCUGGGCACAGAGAUCUGGGAGAGUAACAGCCAAGCACUCCCCGUUCAGUCACCCGGCAGUGAUUCCUGGAGCAAAGCCGUCAAUGCCUUCAACAGCACCGAGUCCAGCUCUACAGAGCAGGGUUUUAAAGGCAGCCAGGGGGAUAGUGGCAUUGACUUGAGUGCGGAGUCUCGGGAAUCCUCCGCUACCUCCUCCCAGCGCAGCUCCCCAUAUGGCACUCUCAAACCAGAGGAGAUGAAUGGGGCUGGCCUGGUGGAACCCAAGCCCGACUGCCAGAAGGAGCAGGCUCAGAAGCAAUCUGAUAAAAAGGAUUCAGAACAAGGCUCGGGACAGAGCAAGGAGCACAAACCCGGACCCAUCGGCAACGAGCGCUCUCUGAAAAACAGAAAGGGCUCUGAGGGUGCGGAACGGCUGGAAGGGAAUGUCCCGCCCGUUAACGGGGUGGAGAUUCGCGUGGACUCCGUGCUGCCCGUCCCGCCCAUUGAAUUUGGAGUCAAUCCUAAAGAAAACGAGCGGUGUGGGAAUGCAGGAAGGGGAAUGGAUUCCCAGUACCCCGUGUGCAAUUGGGAAAUGUCUAGCCCUUCUGCCGAGCACAGGGACUCUGAUUUCAGCUUGCCUCCCGGCUCUGCCUCUGGUACGUCUGCGAACCCUGUUGCCAAACUUCAGGAUGCCUUGGCCAGUAACGCCGGGCUAGCGCAGUCCAUUCCCAUCCUCCGUCGAGAUCAUCACCUCCCACGGGGCAUCAGUCUGAAUCCGAUGUCCUUCCCGACAGCCGACCUCACUCUCAAGAUGGAGUCUGCGCGCAAGGCUUGGGAAAACUCCCCCAAUUUGCCGGAGCAGAGUUCUCCAGGAGGCGCUGGUUCAGGAAUCCAGCCUCCGUCCAGUGUUGGAGCUUCCAACGGGGUCAACUACAGCUCUUUCGGCGGAGUUUCCAUGCCACCUAUGCCUGUGGCAUCUGUAGCACCUUCUGCUUCUAUUCCAGGUAACCACAUCCCACCUCUGUACCUGGAUGGCCAUGUGUUUGCAAGUCAGCCUCGCCUGGUUCCCCAAACGAUACCUCAGCAGCAGAGUUACCAACAGGCUGCCGCUGCCCAGCAAAUUCCAAUAUCCCUUCAUACAUCUCUGCAGGCACAGGCUCAGCUGGGGCUGAGAGGGGGACUCCCUGUCUCCCAGUCUCAGGAGAUAUACAGUUCCAUACCACCUUUCAGGUCUCAGGUGUACAUGCACCCUAGUCUGUCCCAGCCCAACACCAUGGUCCUAGCUGGAGGAACUGCUCUGAAGCCCCCAUACUCCGCCUUCCCGGGCAUGCAGCCUUUAGAGAUGGUGAAAACACAGUCGGGAUCUCCUUACCAACCGAUGAAUGGAAGCCAGGCCCUGGUGUACGAGGGUCAGAUUAGUCAGGCGGCCGGAAUGGGAGCUUCGCAGAUGAUGGACUCCCAGCUAACACAGUUAACAAUGCCCCUGCCUGGCUCCCAGCUUCCUUUGCCUCGUUAUGGUUCUGGACAACAGCCCCUGAUUUUGCCACAGUCCAUCCAGCUUCCUCAGGGGCAGAAUCUCUCCGUAGGAGCUCCCCGCAGGAUUCUUCCACCUGGAUCCCAGCCUUCGGUACUUGCCACCAGCAGAGAGUCCUCGCAGAUGGAGAUGAAGGGGUUUCACUUCGCAGACGGUAAACAGAGCAUCCCUUCCGGAGGGUCUGUUCCCUCACCACAGACCUACAGGCCUAGCUCUGCUAGCCCCAGUGGGAAGCCAUCUGGACCAGCAGUUAACAUGGGCUCUGUGCAGGGACACUACGUUCAACAGGCAAAGCAGCGAGUGGAUGAAAAUAAACCCAGCUUGGGAGCUGUGAAACUGCAGGAGCCACCCCCGGCGACCCAGAUGAAACGAACGGGAGCCAUCAAGCCCCAGGCGGUGAAAGCGGAAGAGAGCAAAGCCUAGGCGUGGCCGCCGUUGGCCACCGUCAAGCCGACGGAGGAAACCGCACCGCAGCUCGGACGUUCCACUUACCGGACGGUCAGCUAUCCCGCCAGAUCCACCGUCACCACCACCCUCCUGACUCUGACUCGCUGAAGCGACAUCUUCGGAUCUCCCUUCCCCUUUCCGUGCACCCCCACCCCGGCUCUCCCCUUUCUGUCUUCUAAUCAAGCAGUUUGAAACUGUGGAGAUGGCAUUGACCUGCUUGCUUUAAUAACAGACAACAAAAGAAAAGGCAAAUGACUCCUCCAUCCCCCAUCCCCCUCUCCCCUCCUUGACGAUCACGUAGCCCAGGCCGACUGUGCAGGGCAGAUUCACAACCCUCCUCCCCACCCCCUCACUCCCACUACCACCACCUUUGACUUCUGCCUGUCCUGCACCUUCCCCCCUGCCCCCCAACCAUCCCCUCUUCCUCCCACUCCCCAUUCCCAAUAGCCAGGACAGCAUAUGGGCAGUGACACCCUUCCCCCACCCUUUCCCAACUUUUCUCUCGGCAGACCCGGGCACAGGAGCGUGGCAACGGGGGCAUUUUAGUUUGAGGCUUCUCAUUUUAAAAGGCAGCUGAGGUUUUUACGAAGGGGAAACAAACAAACAAAAAAAGAGCAAGCUAUAUCUUUGUGUAUAGCCACCUUUUAUACAUUCUUUUCAGUGCCCCCUCCCCCUGUCCACCUCUUCUAAACAAGUUUUCUCUGACCUUUCCCUCGUUUAAUUUUCUAUGUUGCUGCGCUACCUUAAGAGCUGACUCAACUUUUCCCUCCCCUCCCCAUUCCCUUUGAAUCGUGUAACUUUCAAGAUUAUAUGAAAAAAGAAAGGGGAAACAUAUAAGUCCGUAUCGCUCAAUAGUUUUUGUUCUCGCUAGAAGCAGGCUUAACUUUCAAGAUCAUUAUUUGAAAAAAGAAGUGGAAACCAUUUAAGUCCGUAUUGCUCAGUAGUUUUGGUUCUCGCUAGAAGCAAGCCGUCGGCUUUAGAAGCGCACGUGGGACUAAGGCCUGUGGUAGUUGGGCGCGCCGAUUGGACCCAGGUCCCUUUUCUGGCUUUUCCCGAGGUGCCCGUUGGCCAGGAAACCUGACAAGGUUUUUCAGCAUCAGGAAAGAUGCCGAACUUUGUUUUGGACUCAUGUGAAUCUAGUUGAGAGACUGUCCCAGAGGCUGCCAGGGAUAAAUCGUGGAUUUACAAACGGUCUGGUGUGUUGCCACCUUCUCUUGCGUGGCUAAGAAGAGCUGGUCAGAACCAACAGAGCUCCUUAGCCAACUCCCUAAUUGUUAGGUCACAUUUCGUGCUCCCGUCGGCUAGUUCUCUCGGCCUCUUCUUUCCCCCUCCUCCCCACCGGGCUGCUCUGUUUUCACCCACGUGUACUUUUGUACACACCUGCUCUUUUUCAAAGCUACUCUCUGAGCUUCAGUCCUCUCCCCCACCUCCCAGGCCCUCGGGCUCGCAUCUUCUGUUUUCCUGUAUUUCUGUGUCUUCCCAGCGUCUCGCACGGCUCAUCAGAAGAGAAACAGUAGAAAUUCACCUGCAGAGCAGCGAUGGUGAACGAAGACUUUUUUUUUUUUGGUCUGCAAGGCAGUUGUGAGUUUUUUGGGUUUUUCCUCCUUUUCCUUUUCUCUUCUCCCCCGCUCCAAGCAAUCCCAGCAAGUGGAUCUGGGCUAGAGGGACCAAGCAAGCCCGGGACCUCCAGCGGGUGUGUCAGAGUUACUCAUUGAACUUUUCUUCCAAAGAGCCAGGGGCUGGGGUUUGGAGUGGGGCGCGGAUUCCAGGGCUGGUUUCCUCGUUCCCAAGAGCUCUCGAGGGAUCCCUGCAGAAGGCCAAGGUCUUCAGUUGGCUGAACUGCCUCCAGCUCAUUUAGGAACAAGCUGGUUAUGUUGUUUUUUACGGAGAUGGGAAAAAAUGGCAGACCAGGGCUAGGGUAGGGAAACCUUUGUUCCUCAGAGGCUCUUUUUACAGACUAACCGUCUGCCUGAAGGAGUUGCUACCCUGUAUCUGCUGGGGGUUCCAAAGAACACAUUUUGAACAAAGAAUGUAUUGGGGGAGGGGGGCCCGAGGAUAUGCCCAUGAGAGGUCCUCCAGGGUUUUCUAGGAAUGCUCUGGAAGUGGUAAGCUAAGUAUAAAUGAGGGUGUUUAUACAUUAGCCUUAGCUCUGACUUCUAAGCUCUUUUUCCCCAUAGAGAGAUAGUGACAUCCCUCCUCUCGUGUCUGUCCUGUAGAGUGUGGGAAAAGCAAUCCUCAAGGGACUGUGCUAGGUUGAUUCUCUUUUUUCGUUGUCGGUUUUGGGGGUUUUUUUUUGUGGAGUUGUAAGGACAUAGUGGGGAAUAUCCAUAACUCUCUUGCUCCCCAGGUAGUUUUGGGGGUGGGGAAGCGUAGUGAAAAAUGCUUCCUUCCCCAUCCCCGCCCUCCCCUUCAAACUUUCAACAGUCCCUUCCUGCCACCUUCAGACCUGAUUUCUCAGCAGCUUGUCUGUUUUUCUUCCUCCUUCCCAAUAGUCUUCUCUCUAGACCUGUCCGCCAAACUCCGCUCCGUGGAUGGUUCAACCCGGCUGGGCCCCGGCCCCAAGCGUAUCACACCCACCCGACUUUCCCUUCCUCUCCCCGUUCCUCCCGAGUAUUGUGUGAACAUACGACUAGACUCAUGCCUUUAUUCCAGCCCUUCCCACCCCCUCUUCCCUCCUCCGAGAUCAUGGCUCAGGCUGUCGGCUGAGGCCUUGAUUUAGAUUCAGGUCUCUACGUGUACAAUACGAGGGGACUUCUCUAAACCCACUCAGAUCUGAUUUAGGUCCAAGCUGCGAAACUUAUCAAAAGGACAAAAAAAAAUAAAUCACUCCCCUUCAGUGUACAGAAAAUAAUCCUGAUUGCGGUUUCAGCUCCAGGCCAGAUGGCGCAGGCCCUUGAGGGGAAACACAUCCUCAAUGGUAGUACGCCCUGUUGGAGAAAUGAAAAGGAAAAAGGUCACCUCACCCAAUCUCUUUAUCUUUAAACCCCCUGCCCUUUGUCCCUCCUCCCUCCCCCCCCCAACCACACACACAAAAAGAACACUAGAAUUUAUUUAUACGUAUUUGAUGUUGUAGGUCUAGGUGGAAAAAAAAAAAGUAAAUGUUUCACUGCUCUAUUUAUAUAUAAUGUCUGAAUUAUUCUGUGCAGGAAAGGCCAAGAAGUUGCAUGUGAAUUCCAUUGCGAUCACCUCUGUGUGACUCAGCUGCAGUUUCUUUUCCCCUCUAAGAUAGAGAUUUUAACAGAUUAAAAGAAAAAAAUUCCUCCUCUCUCCCCCUCCCCACCUCCCUUUUGACUUAGAGCAGAAACUUUUUAAGGUGCAAUAUCCCUUUUCCCUUCAUGUGGUUUUAGAGCUAAGCUCCGGGAAGUGCAACUCAAGAGCUCUCUUCUUCUGGUUAAAAAGCCCUGUCGUCAAGGGGCAGUGAUAUCAGAGGGCUGAGCUGCAAUGUAACCAGCUCCCUGGAGGGAAUGGGGCAAGGCUUUUCGCAAGGGAUCGAUGGUUUCUGAUUUCUAGGGAACUUACCUACUUUUCUUCUGAAGUGGGCGUUCGUUCAGAUUUGCCUCACUGAACCUCCGGGUCUAGAGUUGCUGUGGUCACGGUUUCAGCUGCUUAAGAGAGGUGUAGGUAGCGUAGGGAGGGAGGAAAACCUGUCGUUGAGCAACAAGUGGUCCAGGGGAUGAUUUGUGUGUGCGUGUGGUGUGUGUGUGUGUGUGCGUGCGUGAUCAGUUGCCUUGCUGGCGCUGUCGGCUUCAUUCAAUCUGGCUUUCUUUCCUGGCAAGUUAGCAAAAAAAAAACCAGACCAAUAAGGUUUUAAAGGACCUCUGGCCAUAGGGUUUUUUUGUUUUGUUUUUAAGGGGAAAAAAUGAAGGGUGAGCGUAGCACAUGCUUAGAUAAACAGUGGAACAGAUAGAACCAGCAGUUUCUAUUUUCAGAAACUUAAAAGACCUCCUUCCCUCCCACGGUCUUCAUAGAGCUACGUCGUCCGCAUUAGACAGCAGCUCUGGGUGGAUGGUGGUGGCGUUAGUACACUCCCCGCUCUACUUUAAAGAAGAUUACUUAGGGGUCCGUGGUUCCAAAUGACAUAGCCACCUGGCCCACAAGGCACUACGUGUGCGUGGGUGGCCUGCUGUUGUGUACUACGUGAGUGUGCAGCGAGUUUCUCCCCCCUGGUGCACAACCGGUCUCAGCGGUUCUGCUACUUUUCACCCGCUUGCUGAGCUCCGUCUUCGCAAAAAGCAAGUGAGCAGUGGUGCAUGCAGCCCUCUUUUCCAUACAUUUCCCCCCCCACCCUUCUACUUCUGCCUUUCCUCCUUUCUCUCUGCUUCUCCCAGGGUAAGCCCAGAAAUGAAUUCCUUGUAAAUGACUUCUGAGAGCCAGCUGCACCCGAGUUUUCUUACUCUGUUACAUUCUCUUUUGGCUGGGAUAUGCCAGCAUCAAGAAAUCAAGCCCUCCCUGACCCGUCGGUGCGACCCAAGGACAGAGUAGGUUAAUCCGGACGAUUCAUAACAGAUCUACAACUUUGUUGGGUGUACAAAUCCAAGAGUCACCUAUCCUGUGGUCAUCGACAUAUAAUCUUGGCUGCAGUAUCGGAGCAUCUGCAGUUGCCUCAUUUCCCCCCCAAAACUCCCCCCUCUCCACCCUGUUACGGUGGCCCCGGGGAUUGUAGCAGAAGUCAAAAGGCUGUGUCUUAAGCAUGUUGAGGUGCCUCGUAGUGGAAACCAUGUAUUUAGGCUCAGUGUGGAUGACAUCCAUUGUUUCUAAUGGGGGAUAUUGUAUUCCUUAAUGCUUUUUAACCAUGCCCUGUAUAGUAAAAAGUUUUUUGAGGGGUUUUUUUGUCUGGGGGGUCGGGGGGAGGGGGGGCGGUUUCGGUUUCUUUUUUUUUGUUUGUUUUUUUGGCCUUUCCUCUCUUUGUCUUUUCACGUAGACCAGAUAUUUGAAAGGGCAGACGAUGGAUAAAUGUGCAACAUGCAACCUGUUUAUAUUUUAUUUUUUUGGAAACUAUUUUAACUUCGAUCAGAAACUAGAAUCAUGGAAUCACCAGGCCAGUGGUGGCACUCUCUCUCUUUCUCUCUCGCGCGCCCUUUCCCUCGGUUUCAGUACCUAUUGUUUCUCCUUUCAAAUAUGUGAUUGUAUUAGCUCUUUCCAUAUGAAAGAAUUCUCCUUAUUUAAAUAAAAAAAAAUCUAAAAAAAUAAAGCAGAUUAUGCUUUCUCAAA